AUGGCAGAAUCAAUUAACCCCAAGGAAUCUUUUGCUAGAGCUAAAAACUGGGUCAAAGAACUACAGAGGCAAGCAAGUCCUAAUAUAGUAAUAGCUUUAUCGGGAAACAAAGCUGAUCUAGCAAACAAAAGAGCUGUUGAUUUCCAGGAAGCACAGUCGUAUGCAGAUGACAACAGCUUGCUGUUUAUGGAAACAUCAGCAAAAACAUCAAUGAAUGUAAAUGAGAUAUUCAUGGCAAUAGCCAAGAAGCUUCCCAAGAAUGAGUCACAGAGUACAGGUGCAAGUGCAAACCGAGGAAGAGUAGAUCUUACUGAGAGUACUCCACAGCCCAAGAACCAGUGCUGUAGCAACUGAACUAACUGGUGCUUGCUGUAAAUGACAUCCUGAAAAACCUGCUUCCUAACUGUCAAGUAACCAAGGAAAUGAGGUGUUAAACUGGCCCAGUGCAACUUCCAUGUAGAGAAGGGACUUCGUAAUUACAAAUUCUAAUAACUAUAUUUUGAACUGUUACUUUAAAGUUACCAACUGCAUGUAUUCACUACCUGAAAUUCUGUUUCAACAGUAGCCGAAGUUUGCAGUUUGCACCCUAAAAAAUGACCAUUGUGAAUGAAAGUUCAGUUGUAUUAUGUUGUUACUGCUAAAACUAAAUAUUAUUUAUGGACCUGUAACUAACCUAACCUGUCCCCUUUCCCCAGGCACUGGCAAGGAUUAUAUGCAGCUAGUUGACAAGUGUGGUAUUUGUCUUUAAACUUGUUUUCUUGAAUUUCUUGCUGGUCCCCCCACUUGUAAAGGAGAAGUUAUCUACAGAAUGUGUACAGUGAUCGCUAUCAGCAACUUUUUUUAAGAAUGCAUUUUUUUAUCAUUAAUUGCCAAUGAUGUUUCAAAAGCAGCAUUAAUUAUUCAAUUUGUAGAGAUGCAUUGUGCUGUCCUAUACUUUAUAAAAAUGUUUGCACAUUUCUCAAGCAUUUAACAUUUCACACAUCAGCUUAAAUUAACAGUUGACAGUAAUUCAUAUGAAACUGAAUCCAUUUUAAGAUGUCUGUUUAGACUCUACAUGGCAAAUGUUUUACAUGACCAGCCAUCUUUUGACUUUUCUUUUAGUAGUGUGAAAUUAACACAAUGUAUUAAAUCAGAUCAUGUUACUUUUUUAAUAUGUAAGAAGUCUUAGCAUGGUAAAAUUAAAGCUGUACAUGUUUAGUCAUUCUAAGUCCUCAAGAGUAAAAGUGAUAAUUUUUUUUUCAGGGAUCCCAGGAAACUAUUCCGUAUUGACAUAGAAUUUAUGAGAAAGAAUUCUAAAAAUGCUAGACCUCAUGAUGUUCAUUUUGUUAGCAAAAAGUUUCAUGAAAGUUUUGCUUUUCAGAACUGUUAACAGUUCUUUUGCAGUAUACUUUGUCUGUCUUUGUACAUUUCUGUAGCCGUUAAGAACUCCAUUAAUGUAAAUUGUCAUAGAUGUAAGUUCCUGUAACAGAUGACAUCUGUGCCAUGUAAAUGCCUUGCAGUAACAAAGAAUUGUACAGCCUGAAAUAUGCUGUCCUUAAUGGAAAAAUUAAUUCUUGCUGCUGUUGCCAGGAUUUCAUUGGAAGCUGGGAUACUGUUCUGUAAAAAAAAAAAAUGCACUUAACUCUGUACGCUGCAUUUGCAGUGAUGAGUGCACUCCCUGAUGUGAGAUUACAUUUUAUGGACUAAUUGAUUAACUUGUCCAUUCUGAUUAUAGCUAUAAUAUACUGUAAAUAGGAGUAUUGCAGCAUAGUUUAGGUUUACUAUUUUGUGUAAUAUUAGUGCAUAGUGUUCAAAGGCAACUGUACAGUUACUAAAACAGAUUUAAAUAUUUGUUUUCUGUUCAAGGAUUGAAAAGUCCUCCUUAAAAGUUCAAAGUAAUCAAUGAUGAUCUUUGUAUGUAUGUAGCGAUGAUUGGCAGUUGUAUCCUCCAGGAUUAAUUAUGCUCAUUUUUGUAUAUUGCACUAAUUAUUUCAGUACGUAUUUGAAUACUUUACUGUAUCUUCACUAUAUGAAAUCAUCAGUUGUCAGAGAAUGGUUUAAUCUGUCUAACUAUUAAACUGUUAGCAAAAACA